AUGGCUCAAAUUCCUACGCCACCUGCGUCGCGACCGGGCUCGGAGGCCCCCGAGGCCAAGUUGAAGCCUGCGGAAGCUUCGUCGGAGUUGCUUGCUUCCUUGGAUGCGCUGCUUGAGCAGUAUCUACACCUACUUGACCGGCAGCAAAAGCUACAGUCGGGACUUUCGAAGCAUCUUUCGUCGGGGUUUCUUGCUCUUGCCCAUGCAAACUACACCUGUCCUCCCGGCCGCCGCUAUGGCCGUGACUACUACGACGAUCGGAUGAAGACGAACCAGAAGAUCUCCAUCCAACGCGAUCAAGACGUGGAAGAGGCCGAGGCUAAGGCCACGAAAGACUCUCAACAUGAAGCGGAUACACCUGCCACGAGCGAUCUCGAGUACAACUUUCAAAUAGAACCAAUCCUCAACCGCGAGGGAAAGGAGAAGAUGGACGACAAAGACGAUGCGGACAAGUCACCCAUCGAAAACGAACCCACUGAGGCAUUGCAACCAGAGGAUACAGCGAAGAAUGGAAGUGAUGCAGCUUCCGCAACCGAAGACUCCAGGGCCGUCACCGAAACGGACAAGCCAGCGGAGGAGCCCAAAAAGCCUCGCAAGAAAUUCCGUUCCGACGAUCCCAUCUACUGGUACGGCAUCCUGGUACCGCUGUCCCUACGCAACGCCCAGAAAUCCUUUACAGACGGUAUACAGAGUCAAGUACCCGAAUUGGCGGGAACGAUUGUGGAAAUGCGUGCUCUGGAACAAAGGAUUACCCAAGUACGCGCCAAUCUUGGGGAUCUUCACUGUCAAGAGUGA